CUCUUGUUGAGAUGAAACACUAGCGAUAUCUUUCAAUCAUCAUCACCAUCAUUAUGAUCAGCAGAAGCAAUGUUGCACUUAUGAACCCUAUGGAGGCGAGAAACGGGAAAUCUUGAGAAUCCAUGGAACCGGGGUUUGAUGUACCAGCGAGAUCAUGACUAUAAUGAGGUUGCAGAGACAGAACACAAGAAGUUAAUCCGUCUUAAAUGGUACGAUCAACUCAAACGCUAACUCUAACAUUUUUGUUGGUUUAAAGAGAAAAUAAUUGAAUUGAGAGAUGAAGUUGGCAGUUAAUUAAGUUGGUUAGAAAACAGAGGUUUAGCGCGAACUAUAUACAGAGGAAAAAGUAUGUGAGUGAAGCAUUUUGUUGUGAAAUUAGAAAGUCUUUGAGGCAAUAUUGUGAUAUUAAUCAGACCCGACAAUAUAAACAUGUUGAGAGCUGUAAUUUACUAAGCUAAAGACUACUUAUGUGGAAAGUCUUGUCACUUGUGUAUUUGGAUUUUAUACUGUUUUUUUUUUUUUUUUAUAUGAAUGCAAUGGACCAAACUCAAGAGGUCCGCUGUUACUACAACUUCAUAAUGAGGGCCAACAAACCCUACGCAUCUACAUUUUCUGUGGCUAUAGAAAAGACUUCUCUUGUUGAAUUUUAUACAAAGUGAACGAAUAUUGUAAUAGAAAAGUGACAACUGCAACGAACAACAUGGAUAUGCUUAACACCAUUCUGAAUCUUCUUCUUCCUCCUCUUACUAUCAUCUUUCUCAUCAUCUUUUACCCGUUUUAUCUUGUGAUCAAACUUGUAAUUUGUGUUCAUAAGCAUCUUCGCUUUGAAAGCGUAGCCGGAAAAGUAGUUCUAAUCACCGGAGCGUCCUCGGACAUCGGAGAGGUUAGCUACUUUUGGAUGUUUUAUCAUUUUUCUUUUUUGAAUUUUUGGUCUUACUUAGGUUAUUUUAUCAACGAUACCAAGCAAUUCGAGACUAAUAAUAAAUCGUCCUUGUGCUUUUGUUUACUAUAUACAGUCUGAUCAAAGAUCUAACUGAUGACUUUUCCGACUUUGAAUGGUAGUGUAAAUUUUUUUUUUCUUUUAAUUUGCUUAGCAAGUUAUGCAAAAUAUCAGUUACACUACAAAAAAGCAAGGUGGUUAACGUUAUUUUAUUAAAGUUACUUUGAAACAUAAUGUUAAAUAAAAAAUAAUGAAGUUUUUAUAUGUCACAUUUCUAAAUGACGUAAACUGCCGUAACCUUUAAGCCAAUAACAAUUAUAUAAAAAUAAAUGAUAAUGUUAGGAUUCAAUGGCUCUAAAAGUCACUUUACUAGAGCAUAAACCAUUCAGACCAAGAUUGAAGAAGCUUGAUGUGUCAAAACGUGAGACUAAAACAGAGAAGAUGUAGAAACUUGCAGAAAACAGAGUAUGAGAGAUUGAGAGAAGAAAAAGGGAGAAGGGAGCACACACAAAUAUUUAACGAGUUCACGCCCAAAAUGGGCUCGCUACAUCUCGCCGAGACUAAGCUCGGAAUCCACUAGAUUCAAUACAGUGAUUACAACAAGAAGUUACAAGUGAUCCGCCUAAUACCCUUCACUAGUACUUAGACUCACUCUGUACCACUUCUAUUGCUAGAGAGACAAACCUUGAACAAAGCUUAUACUAAAUCUGUUUUCUCUCAACUAUCACUCUCGGCUACAUUGUGCCUCUGCUCUCCCUCAACUCUCUCUCAUGUCACCGAAGCCUUCUUAUAGUGUUACCACAUUUAGGGCUUUCCAAGUAAAGCAACCGCAAAAUGAUCUUCUUCAAACGCCAAAAUCUCAUCUUGAAUAGCGAUUGCGAUUUCCUUUCUCCUUUGAGUAUACACGGACAGAACGUCCUUGACCAUGUGGAGUUGGCUCCUGUUUGUCUUAUCGCGGCAGUAGCCGUUUCCCAACACCAAAGUCGUCCCAUAUAAAUUCAACCAUGAUUAAUUAACAACCAUCAUAGUUAGUUUUCUUGUGGUCCCAACACAUGCUCAAAUUCAAAGCCAUCUUGUUCAUCAAGUUAUCACAAUCUUCACAGAUAAAAAUAGCAAAAAACGUAAACCGAUUAAACUGAUCAGAAAGAUUUGGGUUAACGGUUUGUGUGACUUUUUUUUCCUAUUGCCUGUUUGUCGUUCUCUUUUCUAGAUUUUGUUUUUCAUUGAGUUCAUCAAAGCGUUGUUAUUAGAGUAAGUUUGCUAUAUUUUUUUUUAAUUAUUGCUUUGUUCUUAUUUAGUUCUUAAUCAUCUCUAUUGCAAUUUUAAACUAUUUUUGUGUUUAGUUUUUUUUACUUUAUUUUGUCAUACAACGAUACUUAUUAUGGUAAACAUUUUGUUUAUUGACUCGUAUAAUUAUAUAUUUCUAUUUUCUACGAUAUUGAGAUUGUUUUUAAUCGUCUAUAACGUUUACUAACCUUGGCACGGCUCUGUAUCUAUACGACCACAUAAAUGAUCUGUUUGACAGCAGUUAGAGAGUUAGAGGGUUAGAGCAAUAUCCGUUGUAAACUGUAACCGCUAUUUGUAAUAAUUUAUAAUUUAUGACGCAUGUUAUACUACUAUUUUAAAUGUAUAAAUCCACUCAUCCACAUAAAACUCAUAUGUUAUUUGGUAGAGAUUGCUUAUGUUCCUAUUUUAUUGGAUUGUGGAAAAAAAAAAAAAGCAACUCGCAUACGAGUAUGCAAAGAGAGGAGCCUAUUUGGCUCUCGGUGCUCGAAGAAAGGAUCGUCUGGAGAUAGUAGCCGAAACAUCACGUCAAUUAGGAUCUGGUGAUGUCACCAUCAUACCUGGCGAUGUUGCUAACGUUGAGGACUGCAAGAAGUUUAUCGAUGAGACGGUUCAACAUUUCGGAAAACUAGAUCACCUGGUCAACAAUGCUGGAAUAACACAGAUUCUUAACUUUGAAGAUUUCACGCAAAUUCAAGACGCUAAUCCUAUAAUGGAUAUCAACUUUUGGGGUACAACAUACAUCACUUAUUUUGCGAUUCCUCAUCUUCGAAAGAGCAAAGGAAAAAUCAUCGUGAUUGCUUCUGCUGCAGCAAAGUUACCUAUGCCAUUGUUAAGCGUCUAUGCAGUAAGGCAAGCAAAGCAGCUUUAG